AUGGCCGAAUUGUCGGAAAAGACUGCUGCUGCGACAAGUAGCAGCAACCCUUCGCGACCAUCAUCAUCAAGCCGCAGUGGCUCAACCGAUCAAGAUGCAGUUCGCCAAGACAAACCCAACUCGAGCGACCCCGAAAACGAAAAGUUGGACCUAAAGAAGGCAGAUUCAGCUGUCAUUGUUCCUCCCAAAGCCGACUCUCUCGAAGAUCAAUAUCGACACUUGCCACCAGAUGAAGCCGAGGUUUUGCGACGCCAAGUCGUGAGUCCAGAAGUCAAGCAGGGUAUCGCUGUUCUGUACCGAUAUGCUUCCCGUAAUGACAUUAUCAUCAUCAUAAUCUCUAGUAUCUGCGCUAUCGCUGGUGGCGCUGCGCUUCCUCUUAUGACCGUUGUCUUCGGUAACCUCCAAGGUGUUUUCCAGGACUAUUUUGUGAACCGAAGUCUGAGUUCAAGUGCCUUCAACGACAAGUUGGUCGAAUUCGUCUUGUAUUUUGUGUACCUCGGUAUUGGCGAGUUUGUCGUAGUGUACAUCUCGACCUGCGGUUUCAUCUACAGCGGAGAGCAUAUCUCUGCCAAGAUUCGCGAGCAUUAUCUCGAGAGUUGCUUGCGCCAGAAUAUUGGCUUCUUCGACAAGAUUGGCGCUGGUGAAGUGACUACUCGAAUCACUUCCGACACCAAUCUUAUCCAAGAUGGUAUCUCAGAGAAGGUCUCUCUGACUCUCGCCGCUGUCGCCACCUUCGUCUCAGCCUUUGUUAUCGGUUUCGUCAAGUACUGGAAAUUGACUCUGAUCCUCUUCUCAACUGUCGUUGCUCUUCUGAUCAACAUGGGCGGUGGCUCUACUUUUAUUCUCAAGUACAACAAGCAGAGUCUGGAAGCUUACGCCCAUGGAGGUAAUCUUGCGGAUGAGGUAAUCAGCUCCAUCCGAAACGCCGUUGCUUUUGGCACCCAGGAACGCCUUGCCCGACAAUACGACAAUCAUCUCAAGAACGCCGAGUACUAUGGUUUCCGUGUCAAGUCUGCCGUUGCCUGCAUGAUCUCCGGCAUGAUGCUUGUUCUGUACCUCAACUAUGGCCUGGCUUUCUGGCAGGGCAGCAAGAUGAUUGUUGAUAACGAAACCGCUCUCUCCAACAUCCUUACAAUCCUGAUGGCGACGAUGAUUGGAGCAUUCAACCUCGGAAACGUUGCGCCGAACGUUCAGGCAUUUACAAACGCCAUUGCCGCCGCCGCCAAGAUCUUCAACACCAUCGACCGUGUUUCUCCACUCGAUUCUUCAAGCGACGAGGGCGAGAAGAUCGAGAACAUUCAGGGCUCUAUCCGCUUGUCCAACAUCAAGCACAUCUAUCCUUCCCGACCCGAAGUUACUGUCAUGAAUGAUGUGAGUCUCGAGAUUCCCGCCGGUAAGGUUACUGCCCUGGUUGGUGCAUCUGGUUCUGGUAAAAGUACCAUUGUCGGACUGGUUGAGCGCUUCUACGACCCUGUUCAGGGAUCUGUCUACUUGGACGGACACGACAUCUCGAAACUCAACCUCCGAUGGUUGCGCCAGCAAAUGGCUCUCGUCAGUCAAGAACCCACACUCUUUGGUACUACUAUCUUCAACAACAUUCGUCACGGUUUGAUUGGUACUAUUCACCAGGAUGCAAGCGAAGAGAAGCAACGUGAACUGGUAAUCGAGGCAGCCAAGAAGGCCAACGCCCACGACUUUGUCUCCGCCCUUCCUGAAGGUUAUGAAACCAAUGUAGGCGAACGAGGUUUUCUCCUUUCUGGUGGCCAAAAGCAACGAAUUGCUAUUGCUCGUGCUGUUGUCUCCGAUCCCAAGAUUCUGCUUCUUGAUGAGGCCACUUCCGCUCUCGACACCAAAUCGGAGGGUGUGGUUCAAGCUGCUCUAGAGAACGCUGCUGAAGGCCGUACCACCAUCACCAUUGCCCACCGUCUGUCAACUAUCCGAGAUGCCCACAACAUCGUUGUCAUGUCCGACGGCCGUAUCAUUGAACAAGGAACACACAACGAACUUCUCGAGAAGAAGAGUGCUUAUUACAAGCUCGUCUCAGCUCAGAACAUUGCCGCCGCCGAAGAAAUGUCUGCCGAGGAGCAAGCCGCUAUUGACGAGGAAGAAGUGGAGCUUAUGCGCAAGAUGACUAGUGAGAAGGCCGCUGCAGUCAUCGACGACCCCAACGACGAUAUUGCUGCAAAGCUGAACCGCACUACUACCUCGAAAUCAGCUUCAAGUCUGGCUCUCCAAGGCCGUAAGCCCGAAGACGAACAAGAAUAUGGAUUGUGGACUUUGAUUAGGCUUGUUGCUUCUUUCAACACACCUGAGUGGAAGUUCAUGGUCAUCGGUCUCGUCUUCUCUGCUGUUUGUGGUGGAGGUAACCCGACACAAGCUGUCUUCUUUGCCAAGCAGAUUGUGACUUUGUCCCAGCCCAUUACCGACUCGAACCGCAACCAAGUCAAGAAAGAUUCCGACUUUUGGAGCGCCAUGUAUCUCAUGCUUGCGUUCGUCCAGUUCUUCGCGUUCGUUAUCCAGGGUGUUUUAUUCGCUAGGUGUUCCGAGCGAUUGGUUCAUCGAGUUCGUGACCGAGCUUUCAGAACCAUGCUUCGCCAGGACGUUGCCUUCUUUGACCGGGAUGAGAACACCGCUGGUGCGCUGACUUCAUUCUUGUCGACCGAGACGACUCAUGUUGCUGGAUUGAGCGGCGUUACUCUGGGAACGUUGCUGAUGGUCAUCACCACACUGGUUGCUGCCAUGGCGCUGUCUCUAGCUAUUGGCUGGAAACUAUCACUUGUGUGCAUUUCAACCAUUCCGGUACUUCUGGGAUGUGGUUUCUUCCGAUUUUAUAUGCUUGCCCACUUCCAGCGUCGCUCGAAGGCUGCGUACGAUUCUUCAGCCAGUUAUGCUUCGGAGGCUAUUUCCGCUAUCAGAACCGUCGCCGCCCUGACACGAGAGCAAGAUGUCUUGCAACAAUACAAGGACUCUCUUGCCGUUCAGCAAAGAAAGAGUUUGUUUUCUGUUCUGAAGUCAUCGGCGUUGUACGCCGCCUCUCAAUCAUUGCUGUUCGCCUGCUUCGCCCUUGGCUUCUGGUAUGGCGGUACCCUGAUCGGAAAGCUCGAAUACUCGAUGUUCCAGUUCUUCCUCUGCUUUAUGAGUAUCAUCUUUGGAGCCCAGUCAGCCGGUACAAUUUUCAGUUUUGCUCCUGAUAUGGGCAAAGCCCACCACUCUGCCGGCGAACUUAAGAAGCUAUUUGACAGGCAACCUGUCGUAGACACAUGGUCAGACAAGGGCGAGCGUUUACCUCAUGUAGAGGGUACUCUCGAGUUCCGUGAUGUGCACUUCCGUUACCCAACAAGACCCGAGCAGCCCGUCCUCCGUGGCCUCAACCUUACUGUACGACCUGGACAGUACAUCGCCCUUGUAGGAGCCUCAGGUUGCGGAAAGAGUACUACAAUCGCACUCCUGGAGCGUUUCUACGACCCGCUUUCCGGUGGCAUCUACGUUGACAACCGUGAAAUCAGUCAGCUCAACAUCAACGACUACCGAUCACACAUUGCCCUUGUCAGCCAGGAACCCACACUUUACCAAGGAACCAUCAAGGAGAACAUUCUUCUGGGUACCCCACGUGAGGAUGUCCCAGACAUUGACAUUGAGCAUGCAUGCAGGGAGGCCAACAUCUACGAUUUCAUUGUAUCACUUCCUGAUGGGUUCAACACCAUUGUUGGCAGCAAGGGUGCGCUGCUGUCUGGUGGUCAGAAGCAGCGAAUUGCUAUCGCACGGGCUCUGAUCCGUGAUCCCAAGAUCCUGCUCCUUGACGAAGCGACAUCAGCCCUGGAUUCUGAGUCUGAGCAUGUGGUACAGGCAGCGUUGGACAAGGCGGCUAAGGGCCGAACCACGAUUGCUGUCGCCCAUCGUCUCAGCACGAUUCAGAAGGCUGAUAUCAUCUACGUAUUCGACCAGGGUCGCAUCGUUGAGCAAGGGACGCAUACGGAGCUGAUGAAGAAGAAUGGACGUUAUGCAGAGCUGGUCAACUUGCAAAGCCUCGAAAAGCAGAGGUAG